UUGACUGCGCUUUUCUCUUCCGGUGCAGGAGGUCACCAUUCGAGACAAACAUGGCGGCGCCCGACGAGCUCUUUUGCUGGGAAGGAGACUGGGGUCUGCCGUCUGUCAGCACCGACUGUCUGGUGGUUCUGGCCUACGCUCAGUUCGCUGGAGCUCCUCUCAAAGUCCGGAAGAUCUGCAACCCCUGGAGGAGUCCGAGCGGUUCCCUUCCUGCGUUCAGGACCAGCCAGAAGGAAACCUUGUCUCGGACCUCUGACAUCAUCAUCCAUCUCCGGAAACAGAAAUUCAACGCUGACUAUGAUCUUUCAGCCAAGGAGGGGGCCGACAGCCUGGCCUUCAUCUCCCUGAUGGAUGAGAAACUCAAGCCGGCUCUGAUCUACACGUUCUGGAUCGAGCCAAAGAACUACGUGGACGUGACUCGCCGCUGGUUCGCCGAACACAUGCCGUUCCCCCUCAACUUCUUCCUGCCGGGACGGAUGCAGAGCCAGCAGCUGGAGAAGCUGCGGCUGCUGCAGGGAGACGAGCGUCUGGAGGCCGGAGAGGAGCUGGAGAAGGAGUUGUAUCGUGACGCCACCGAGUGUUUGAACCUGCUGUCCCAACGACUCGGCUCCCAGAAGUUCUUCUUCGGGGACUCGCCUUCCUCUCUGGACGCCUACGUGUUCGGCCAUUUGGCGCCGAUCCUGAGGUGCAAGCUGCCGAACGGGAAGCUGCAGCAGCAUCUGAAAUCCCUGGACAACCUGGCCAACUUCUGCAGCAACAUCCUGCUGCUGUACUUCCCCAGAGACGGGCGAGACGGCUGCAGUCAGAAGUCGCCCCCCCAGCCGGACGCUGGAGACUUCGACAACGUCCCCAGCAAGCGGCGAAAGCAGCUGCUCUCCGCUGUGGUGGCCCUGGGCGCCAUGCUGGGCUACGCCCUCCUCACCGGCAUAGUGUCCAUCCAGCACGUCCAGCAGGAGGCGCUGGAGGAGCCGCCCGACCUGGAGGACAUGGGGUCCCACGAAGAGGAAGGGGACGGCUGAGGACGCAGGCCGUCCCGGGACUCGAACCUUUCAGGACAGACAGAGUUUAGUGUUACGCCACUGGAAGGAGCUGUGAGGGAGACGCAUCCGGGAGCCUCCGGGCGGCAGGAGGAGGAGCAGGUGCAUCCCAGGAGGUCGUCCCAGGAGGGUUUGUGUUUCUGUGGAGAAACUUCACACGCCUCUGUUUGGGUCUUAAAGUUUGUGCUUUUUAAUUUAAGUUUGAGUUUUUCAGCAGAAGCUGGAUUUUCUGCUCUCUGCUGAAACUGUGUCUGAAGAAAAUAAAGAGAAGUUUGAAUCUGU